AUGGCAACCUCAACCCCGCCAAACUGCACUGUUUACGUCAAGAACCUCGAGGAGCGCAUCAAGCUCGACUCCCUCAAGGACACCCUCCGCGAGAUCUUCGAAGAAUAUGGCACCAUCCUCGACAUUCGCGCCGCCAAGAACCUCAAGGCGAAGGGUCAGGCCUUCGUCGUCUUCGACAAUGUAGAGUCGGCUACGCGCGCUAUCGAAGAACUGCAGGACUUUGACGUCUUCGACAAGCCCAUGAAGCUGGAUUACGCCCGCACGCGCAGCGAUGCCAUCGUCAAGCGUGAAGGCACCGAGGAGGAAUUCGAGGCUCACAAGCGCCACCGCCUGGCUGAGAAAGAGAGGAAGCAAGCGCUCGAGGCGCAGGAAGCGCAGAAGAAGAUGAAGCGCCCCGCCGGCGCUCCUGCAGAGUCGAACCGCCCGACCCAGAAGGCUCGCGGUGCUGGCCUCAAAUCCACCGGUGGUGCGGCUGCUGUCAUUCCCGACGAGUACCUCCCGCCGAACAAGAUUCUUUUCGUCCAGAAUCUCCCCGACGGAUACGAUGUCGAGGCUCUCUCGGCCAUCUUUGGUCGUUUCGAGGGCUUCAGAGAAGUUCGUGUGGUGCCUGGUCGCAGCGGCAUUGCUUUCGUUGAAUAUGAAGCCGAGGCUGGCGCCAUCAGCGCGAAGGAGGCUACGGCUGGAAUGGCGCUUGGCGACGAAGGCAAGCCCAUGAAGGUCACGUACCAGCGCCAGUAG